AUGGUUCAUUCUCAAGCCUCCACAUUCAAUCCAAUCGCACUCGGUCUGGAAAACCCCGACAUUAGAUCAGACCGCACAGUCAGCAUCUCCCGUAAAGGUGUAACCCGAAAGACGCCACCCGGGUGUUUUGACGGGUGGUGCCACCCGGGUGUCGGUCCUCGGGGUGGGUCUCUGGACCCACCCGAACACCCGGGUGGUAGUGCAAUAUGGGUUGAUGGGAGGUAUGAGCUUGUUUUUUGGCUUGGACUCAAUGUCACAAAGUCAUUCUCCAUGUACCUGAGUGGAGGAAUGAUCUGCAGUCGGCUUGGACAUGAUGUUGUACCUAUCAAAGUAUGCACUUGGGAGGAGGAACGAGUUAAACCCCCUUUCAAUUUUGAUAUUUUUACUGGAGUGGGAGCCGGAGUCGUUGCGAUCAGGGUGGGUUGA